GGUGCAUGGUAAAAUAAGAAAUAGCGUGCCGGGUAGCAGAGAAAUUGACUGUGGCUGGAAGCGGAAGCCGGCUCGUCCCUAAAACCCUCCUAAUACCUCACUACCAAUACAGCAGUGCACAAGCAGCCACUGAAAUUCUCCAGCCACAGUAUUGUUUAUAACCAAAAAGAAACCAGGCAAAUAGCAAGAAAAUGGUAAGCAAACCAUGGAGGAUAAUUCCAAGGCCAUUGAUGGAGUCAGUGCUAAACAACCAUGCUCAGCACCACCGAGUCCCUCAGCCUCUUAUCCUCCACGGUCCCAGAGGCGUUGGCAAAACCACUCUCCUCCUCGAACGUCUGCUCAGCGAGUGGAGCAAAGGCCCCCACCUCACUGGCUACGUAGAUUUCGCCGAAUCGAUCAAAGACCACCAUCCUCAAUUCAAUCAGUCGUUUCCAUGGGCUUCUUGGUCCAAUUGCCCACCACCAACAUUAUCAGAUUGCCGAAACAAGCUCGAAGAGUGCCUGGAAUCUAUGGCCCAUAUGGGUGUUAAGCUCGGUACCAUUAGCUCUCAUCAAAUUUUCUCUACCCUUAACAAAUGGCACGGCCUUAACACAGCACUUGCCUCAGUAAUUGGGGGCAAUGACAAAUCGAAAACCAAGAUUGCCGAGAAGGUCUCCAAAUCAGUUUUGUGGGAUCGGGCGGUUUUCGCACUAUCUGCUCGAUGUAAUGCCCAAGAGAUUGAUGGGGUUUUGGGUUUGAACGAGAAAGGGAAGAGUUUGCCCAUUGAAGAGAGUUCCUAUUACCGGGAGGCGAUUGUGGCGCUGAGAUUGGCGAAGGAGGUCAUUAGUAUACAGCAUGGUUGGAGAGCUAAUGCUAUAGCUCAUUUGAAUCAAAGUGGCGGGUUUUCGAGGUCUUUAGCUAAUUCGUGUACUGAUUGGCCUUGCUUGUUGUUGGAAUUGUUGUCACAAGCUGCUGAAAUUGAUAAUUUUCAGCCGAAGCUGGUUAUAAAUAAUAUUGAUGUUUUAAAGAAUGCAAUUUUGCUGCCUGGAGAGUCAUCAGUCAAUGCAUCAAUGUAUCAUGACAGUCUGAUAUGGAGAAUAAUUGCUUUAGGUGCAAACGAGAGGUCCCUGCCUGUCAUACUUGUGACAUCGGAUAGUUACUAUUCGUACCGAGCUUACAUGGAUUUUGGAUUUCCAGAUAUAUUUGUUUCCCGUGAGACUUUUGGCUGGACUCCCCAAGAAGCUAAAAUACAUAUGGUUACUGAUUACUUCAAUAAUUCAGAGUGGACAGUAAUUGUUGAGGUGCUUGGCCCAAACCCACGACAUCUUUUUGAGCUUUACGCACUGAAACAAAGCAAUUAUUAUCAGAAGGUGAUGGAUGAGAAAGGUAGCUCAUUUGAGGACAUUAUAGAUGCAUAUCUAGCAUAUUUGCAAAUUACUGUGGUGAAUCCUGCCAUGGAUAGAGCAUUGGCACUCGUGCAAAAGUUUGCAGUUGAUGCACAAAGUGGCAAAAUUUCAAAAGAUAAAUUACGUUUUGGUGCACCUUGGAGGCAUCCUCCACAGACAGAUGACCCCACCUUGUGCUUUGAGUGGGCUAAGAUCCAAAUGAUGGAUUUUGUGCAGUCUCUGGUCAACACAGAAUUUGGGAUCAAUUAUCUGGCUGACUGUAGCCUUGAGAUUUUUGAUGAUCCUUCUGCUGUUGCAUUGUUAGAGAUUGGUUUACUUUAUUCUCAACGGGAUCCAUCCUUCAUUCGCCCUAUAUCUAAAGGUAUUCAGAGGUGUCUAGUAAGAUGGCUAGUCCAAGAGCGAAUGCAAAUGAGUUCAGGGAACUUGCUUAGAUAUCUCUGGCAGCGAAUUAUGCGCGGCCGCAGCUAUCGUCACUUGAUGCUACAAGAAGGGUACAAAUAAAGAUGGACUUUCUUUUGGCCAAGGCUUUUUCAUGUGAAGAGGGAAUUCGCUUGUCGAGGAUCACAUAAACAUGCAAGUGAUUCUUAUUCAUUAUUAACUUAUGUUUUUGAUGUGCAUUUAGUCCAUGUUAUUUCCAUUUUACUUGGCUGGCAGCACAUGCACUGUUGCACAUAUUUGCAUAGACACCCAGACAUAGAUCCCCAAUAUCACUUGAGUUGCACAUAUACUCUUUGACCAGAUAUCCAUACUUGUUUUUGGAUGAUCUUUUGACAAUAUAUCAACACUUCUUUUUUGCUUCAGUUUUAACAAUGUGCAAAGAUAUCAGAAUCUUCAAGCACUGAUUCAUAUGGAUAUUGAAGUAAUGUAAGAAUUUCCUUAUCCUUCUUUAUGUUAUCUGCCUCAACCGGUAUAGUGGUUUGUCUUCUGUUUAAAUUAUUUGGGCUAUCUCCAGAUAGAGUGCAAUCAAGCUCAGUAUCCUUACUGUUAUGGAUUUUAUUGGCGAUGAAAGUUGAAUAAGGAUGAGUUUGUAUUGAAUGAGGAUGAGUUUGUAGUAUGUGGGUUGCUCUAGUAGUAGCCUUCGGUUCCCUUUUAAAACUGCACUUAUUUCUUCCUGCGCAGGACGGUGCUAUCAAGUGAAACCCUUGAUAUCAAAGAUCUUCAAGACUUGAUUUGAAGACUGUAAAUCAAAGAUUACAGAAUUAGAGGUAGGAGGUGAGUUUAGCACAACAUGACCGAUUGAAUAGUUUACCCAUUUAGGUGCGGAUAUGAAAAUGUAUUUUUUGUUCCAUUUACCCUGAAUUUCAAUCCAAUAAUUUACAAACAAAAAGCAAAAAAGAGCAAAAGAACUGAAGGAAGGCAUGGUAGACUUGAAUGUAAAGCUUAUAGAUUGUAAUAGAUUUUAUCAGAUUAUUAUUCAUUUGGUUAUCAGGCUCUCUUCUUUUUA